AUGCAUCUUCUAAAACAUAACCCGCGGUGCUCUCGGACCGCACUCGCAGUGUUCGCCUUACUGGCGGGUCAGAUGGCGCAGGCGGCCAUUGAUCUCGAUCUCACUAGCCAAGGCAGACCUGGCGAUGUGCCCGGUAACCUUCCAGAUCCGUACUAUUGGUGGGAAGCAGGCGCAAUGUUUGGAUCACUGGUGGAAUACUGGUAUUACACUGGCGAUUCUCAAUGGAACGAAAUAAUCACACAAGCCAUUCUGCACCAAACUGGACCUUCGUUCAACUUCAUGCCACCGAAUCAAUCCAGGACUUUGGGAAAUGACGACCAGGCUUUCUGGGGACUAGCGGCGAUGACAGCCGCGGAAGUGAGGUUUCCCAAUCCUCCAGAGGACCAGCCUCAGUGGCUUGCGCUUGCACAGGCUGUCUUCAACACGCAAGCUCCCCGCUGGGACAAUAGAACAUGCGGUGGCGGCCUCAAAUGGCAGAUCUUCACGUUCAACAACGGCUACAACUACAAGAAUACAAUUUCCAACGGCUGCUUCUUCAACUUGGCCUCACGACUGGCGGUCUAUACAGGCAACGCAACGUACGCAGAGUGGGCGGAGAAGACGUGGGAUUGGGUCGUCAGAAUAGGGUUGACAAAUGAGGCGUAUCACUUCUUUGACGGGACAGACGAUAAUUACAACUGCACGUCCCUCAACCACAUCCAGUGGACAUACAACGCCGGCAUCUUCUUGCUCGGAGCAGCCAACAUGUACCAUUUUAGUAAUAGAUCCGACGUGUGGAAAACCCGUCUGGAAGGGAUUAUCAAGGGCUUAGACGUCUUCUUCCCUGUGGGGAACAUCAUGAGCGAAGUCGCGUGUGAAAGCACGGGCAAGUGCAACGUGGACCAGCGAUCCUUCAAAGCCUAUCUCUCGCGCUGGAUGGCCGCCACCGUACAAAUCGCCCCCUUCACAUAUGAUCUGCUCAUGCCGAAGAUGCGCGCAUCGGCGGAAGCCGCUGCGCUCCAGUGCAGCGGGCCAGACAAUGCGUGCGGCUUGCGGUGGAACAAAAACGAAAGCUACGACGGGAGCACGGGCGUGGGCGAACAGAUGUCUGCUCUGGAUAUCUUCCAGGCACACUUGGUGGAUUAUGUCGAGAAGCGGGUGACGGCUUCGUCGGGUGGUAUCAGCCAGGGUGAUCCCAAUGCGGGCACUGGGGUGUCGGACGAAGAUUCGGUUGGAAUACAUGAGAAGCUGAUCUCGACUGCCGAUCGAGCUGGGGCGGGUAUCCUUACGGGGCUUGUGGUUGCUGCUGCUAUCAGCGCGGUUUAUUUCAUGGUUAUCUAG